AGCGGCACCCGACUUGCAUUAGGCCGGGGUAGGGGAACCGGGACAGGUGGUCCGGGCCCCAGGCCCCGCCCCCGUGCUCCGCAGCUCGGGCCUCAGCAGGUGCGGGAGCUGAAAGGCCGCACCGCCCCCAGCCCGCCGCCCGCCGCCAUGGAAGCAGCCCCCGCCCCGGCUCUCCUGAGCGUCCCGCAGGCCGAGGUGCUGGAGGAAGUGCUGCGGGAGCAGUUCGGGCCGCUGCCCCAGCUGGCCGCCAUCUGCCGGCUCAAGCGGCUGCCCUCGGGCGGCUACUCCUCGACCGAGGACCUCCAGUUGGUGCUGGAGCGGCGGCGCGUGGCCAACGCUAAGGAGCGCGAACGGAUAAAAAAUCUCAACCGUGGUUUUGCCAAACUGAAGGCGCUUGUGCCAUUUCUUCCCCAAAGCAGGAAGCCUAGCAAGGUUGAUAUCCUUAAAGGUGCAACUGAAUACAUACAAGUUCUCAGUGAUGUUUUGGAAGGAGCCAAAGACUCAGAGAGACAAAAUCUGGAUCACCAGAGCUAUAGCAACAAUGUUUCUGAACCACCUAUAUCAUUGGCUAGAGAUCUAUCGAGAAACAUCACCGAACAUGCCAGCUGUACUGUGGGCUUGAAGAACGAGGAGGAGAGGCCCUGGGCAGAUGGUGGCAGUGGUGAGUCAGCACACACUUGUCGCCAGAGCAUGAUGUCCACGACCGGAGUUAUCUCCCCAACCAGGAGUCUGGAUAGAUUCCUAGAAGUGGAAGUCCUGAGUCACAGGCUCCCCCAAGUAUGAAAAGUGAAAAGUGCCAGCCCAGGGCUACCUUCUAGAGACAAAUAAAUGCAGUCUUGAAAGUCUUGAAGUCUCUUAAAAAUUGUGAUAAUUCAAAGCUUUACAAUUACCCUUUAAAUGGCCUUGCUUGUCACACAUCUAUUCAACUCUUUUUCCUUAAUUUCAUGCUUAGAAGAAAUAGGCUUCAGGGUCUUCAGCCUUCAUGCUUAUCCCCCAGCUCCUCUGAGGUUUCCAUCCUUAUCCUUUCAGGACCCAUAGCUAUUAUCUUUCAUUCUAUCUAUUUUCAUCACUUGAGGAAUAAGUGCCUAUUACCCUUCUUGGGGAGAUUAACUUUACUAGGAAUAUAAACUUAAGCUAGAAAAGUAAGGAGUGGUAAGCCUUGGCCAUUGGCAGUGAGAAUUUUCAAGGCUGUCUAAAUACCCAGCUAAAUCCAUAAUACACCUUAUGCAAGUUAGACACCCAAGCACCUUGACCACAGAGACCGUCUUCAUCUCUGUAACAACUGCUCACAAAGACCUAGCACUUGUUAUAUGCUGUAUCUGUUCCCAUACUUUCCAUAUGUCCCCUUGUUCUCAUAACAGUCCUAUAAGAUAGGCAUGAUUAUCCCUGUUUUACAGGUGGAUAAACCAAGGCACAGAAAGUAUAUAGUCUGCUUGGGCUGCCAUAAUAUAAAUCCUGUACUGGGUGGCUUAAACAACAGAAAUUUCUCACAGUUUUGGAGGCUGAGAAGUCCAAGAUCAAGGCUGAACAGUUUUGGUUUCUAGUGAGGUUGCUUUUCCUGGUUUGCAGAUUUCUCUCUCUGGCCUCGCAUGGUGGGGGCAGAGAGAGAGCAAGCAGUGUGUGUGCAGUCAGCAAACUCUUGUCUCUCUUCCUCUUAUAAGGACACCAAUCCUAUUGAAUUAAGGGCCCAACCUUAUGACCUCAUUUAACCCUAACAAACACCUAAAAUCCCUGGCUCUUAGUCACACUGGGGGUUAGGGCUUUAACAUAGGAAUUUUGCAGGGCACAAUUCAGUCGAUGGUUUUUGGUGCCUGACUCCAAAACUUCAUACCCUUAACACAUGCAAAAUACAUGCAUUCCAUCUCAACAUCCCCAAAAGUCUUGUUCCAGCAUCAGUUCUAAAUUCUGAAGUCCAAAGUCUCAUCUAAAUGUCCUCUAAAUCAUGUAUGGUUGAGACUUGAGAUAUGAUUCAUCUUGAGGUGAAAUUCUUCUCUAGCUGUGAACCUGUGAAACCAGACAAGUUAUGUGCUUCCAAAGUAUAAUGGUGAGCAGGCCUAGGGCAGACAUUCCCAUUCCAAAGGGAAGAAAUUGGAAAGAAGAAAGGAGUGAUGGGUCCCAAGCAAGCUCCAAACCUAGCAAGACAAAUUCCAUUAUAUCUUAAGCCGUCAUAAUAAUCCUCUUUGGCAGUGUCCCACCUUCCAGGUCCACUGUGGUGGAAGCCUCACCCCACACAGCUCUGCAGUGGCCCUGCCCCCUGAAGCCAGGAGAAAACAAACUUGGCCCCUGGGCCUGUGGUUGGAAUGGCAGUGCUGAUGAUCUCUGAAUCACCUUGGGGGUCAUUCUCUCCUUUCCUGGAAGAACAGUGUACUUUUGCAACCAAAUAGUUUUGUGGUCUCCUCCAGUAGAAU